CACUUCCCUAAAUGGGCAACUGCACUUUCAGAACGCCAGGUCCUUCCCUGGCAGACCUAAGUGGCACACCCUGCAUUGGCCUGGGCCCCUAACCCUGGAUUCGAGGUGUCCUGGCCCCCGGCUGGCCUGCGACUGUCCCCAGCUGGAUGGAGCCAUGGCUCCCACCUUCUUGCUGCUGCUGCCCCCGCUGCUGUGGUUCCAGGGCCCUGUUUCAGGUGUCCCUGUCGAGAACGUGUACACUAAAGUGCAGCACUUUGAAGGGGAGACUCUGUCUGUGCAAUGCUCCUAUAAGAGCCGCAAAAACCACGUGGAGGGCAAGGUAUGGUGCAAAAUCAGGAGGAAGAGAUGUGAGCCUGGAUUUGCCCGGGGCUGGGUGCAGGGGCCGCGCUACUUGCUGCAGGAUGAUGCCAAGGCCAAGGAGGUCAAGAUCACCAUGGCGGCCCUCAGGCACCAGGACUCCGGCCGGUACUGGUGCAUGCGCAAUAGCUCUGGGACCCUGUACCCCCUGAUGGGCUUCUUGCUGGAAGUGUCUCCAGCCUCCACGACCAAGAGAAGCACUCCUCUUAGACAGCUGGCCAAUAUCCUCAAGAGUGGAAUUGUUGUCACAUCGGGCCCAGCCCCCACCUCAGGCCCUGAUGCCCCUUUCACCACCAGUAUGACAGUGCUCACACCUGGCCUCCUCACCUUGACCAGACUCGUGCCCCCCACUGCCUCAGAGUCCAUCAGACUGACCUCCAUGACGGGCUUCAGCUUCACCGGCACUGGCCCUUCUGCCACGGGGCCCAGGAGGACCGUGGAAUCCCAGACAGUGACUGUGUCUCCCAGUGAUGCCAGAGCCUCCUCUGCUGGCCCAGCGUCCAUGUCCACCAGGGCUGGGCACCUGCACACCAGAUCACCCACCACGGGAAUGUGCCACACUAGCGGGGCUCUCCUCAACAAAUUAUCCCCUAUCAGGCACCAGGAUUCGUAUCUCACUGUGCUCCUGGGGAUGCUGAUUUUCCUCCCAGUGUCUGUGAUGUUGAUCCUGGUCUAUGGGUUCUGGAAGAAGAGACACAUGGGAAGCUACAGGGUGUGCAAUGAUCCUGCUAGUCAAGACAGGCCGGGGCAGCCGUUGCCUUUAGUGCUUCAAACCUGCCUACCACCAGGAGCACCCCCAGCGGGACCACAGCUUGGACCUCUGCCACCAGCCCUGUCACUGACAGGUACUGUCACCUCCUUCCCCUUCUUCUCCGCCCUCCACUUCCUCCUACCCACGGCCAACUGUGCCAAAUGCCUCCAGCCCCCAAGGCAACUGGCAGCUCAUCGUUCCCAGCUCGAAGGUGGCUGUCCUACUGCCGCUGGUGCUCACCCUCCUCAUGAUCCUGUACUUCAGGAAAGCCUGCAGAAGCGCCAGGAAAGCCUAUUCUUAAAUGUCUUCAGUGAUGGCGACCCUGCUGCCUUUAGCCAUUCCCGGAGGCUCUGCAAGGUCCAUACUCUGUUCCACACCUUAUUCCUGUCUCUGUCCUCCACCCAGCUCUGGGCAGCCCCGGGGGCCACUGACCACUCCCAGCUAUGA